AUGAAAAUUUGUGAAUUGGCAAAGAAAUUUGACCUACCGGAAUCAACAGUCCGAACGGUUGUAAAAGGUAAAGAAAAAAUUAUGACCGCUGUGAAAGACUCUCAAUCUUUGAAUUCAAGUAUCAUCCGUAAGCGUCACGGUAUUAUCGCACAGAUGGAAACAUUGCUACAGUCAUGGUGUGAUAAUCAAGUAAGAGUGAAAAAUUGUCCUGUUGAUCAAAAUACAGUGUGCUUUCAAGCAAAGCAGAUUUUUGAAAAACUAAAAGAAGAAGCUGGGGAGGCGGCUGAAAAUGAAGUGUUUAAAGCUAGUAACGGCUGGUUCAGCCGAUUUAAGUGUCGUUGUAAUUGGCAUAGCAUCGCAGAGAGUGGAGAAGCGGCAAGCGCUGAUAAAGAAACUGCAUCUCUCUAUCCAGAAAAACUCAAAACAAUGAUAGAUGAAGGUGGCUACACUAGUCAAACUAUUUUCAACGUAGAUGAAACAGGUCUUUUUUGGAAGAAAAUGCCUAAAAGAACUUUUAUUGCGCGUGAAGAGAAAACUUUUCCAGGUUUUAAAGCCGCCAAGGAUCGAUUAACACUGAUGGUUGGUGCGAAUGCAGCUGGAGAUUGUAAAUUAAAACCUCUGUUAGUUUAUCGCUCAGAAAAUCCAAGAGCCUUAAAAAAUAAAUCUAAAGCUGGUUUGCCUGUCAUUUGGAAGUCUAAUGCAAAAGCUUGGGUGACAGCUUCUCUUUUUGAAGACUGGUUUGGCCAUCAUUUUAUUCCUGAAGUUGAACGUUACUGCCGAUUAAAAGAAAUCCCAUUUAAAGUGAUGCUACUAAUUGAUAAUGCGCCAGGUCAUCCUCCCGCAACUCUAAUUAAUUUUGAUCCACGUGUGGAAGUUGUAUUUUUGCCACCAAACACUACCAGCUUGCUUCAACCAAUGGACCAGGGAGUCAUUAAAACAUUUAAAGCUUACUACACAAGGCGGUCAUUUGCACAUCUACAUGAAGCUAUGAGACAAAACAAUGAGCUUUCUGUUAAAGACUUUUGGAAGCAAUUCAAUGUUUUAGAUGCUGUAAGAAUUAUUGGACAAUCUUGGAAUGAGGUUUCACAAAAAACUCUCAAUGGUGUCUGGAAAAAACUGUGUCCAUUUUUUUUCACCUCUGAAACCCAAGGAGAAACCAUUUCAGAUCCUGAACAAAUCGAUAGCAUAAUAGAUAUCGAUAUCGCCAAGCAAUUAAAUUUAGAGGUCGAUAAUGAUGACGUUCAAGAAUUGCUAGAUUCACACAAUCAAGAGCUAACAAUUGACGAGGUUAUAGAAAUGCGUAAGUAUCUGAGCAAGAUAUUGACCAAACUGAUUCGCUAG